AUGAGCAAUGUGAUUUUAGCAGAAAUAGCCCUGAGAAACCAGACCACUGUGACUGAAUUCACCUUGGUCUCCUUUCCCGUUGUUCAGGAGCUUCAGAUCCUGCUGUUUGUCAUUCUUCUGCUGGUUUAUAUGCUCACCAUAACAGGAAACUUUGUCAUCAUUUCCUUAAUAUGGACCGAUAAUCGUCUCCAAACACCGAUGUACUUCUUCCUCAGUAAUCUGUCAUUUUUGGACAUUUUGUUCACAACUACUAUUGCCCCAAAGUUGCUAGCUUGCCUGUUAGGAGAGAAGAAAACCAUAUCUUUUGCUCGCUGCAUCAUCCAAAUAUAUUUCUACUUCUUUCUGGGGACAGUGGAGUUUAUCCUCCUGGCAGUGAUGCCCUUCGACCGCUACGUGGCCAUCUGUUACCCCCUGCGCUACACCAUAGUCAUGAAGAGCAGAGUCUGUUUCCUGCUGGUUCUGGGCUGCUGGAUGGGGGCCUUCCUGUCAGUGCUCUGCCCAAUUAUUGUGGUGUCCAGAUUGCCAUACCGCACUGAAGAAAUUAGUCGUUUCUUCUGUGACAUUGCUCCUUUACUUCAGGUGGCCUGUAUUGAUACUCAUUUCAUUGAGAUGAUAAAGUUCUUAUCUUCCCUUGUGGUCCUGACUUCGCUGGUGCUCACCAUCAUCUCCUAUACCUACAUCAUUUCUACCAUCCUGUGCAUCCCCUCAGCCCAAGGACGUCAGAAAGCCUUUUCCACCUGUGCAAGUCACAUCACUGUCAUCUCCAUUGCCUACGGCAGCUCCAUCUUCACGUACGUGAGGCCCAACCAGAGCUAUUCACUGGACUUUGACAAAGUGACAGCUGUCAUCACUACAGUAGUGACCCCUCUUCUUAACCCCUUCAUUUACAGCUUGAGGAAUGAAAAGGUAAAGGAAGUCCUGAGAGAUUCAAUUAACAAGAUAGUUCCACCACAUUCCAAAGGAACAUGA